UUAAUGGAUUUUGCUGUUUUUUUCUAAUAACAUAAAUUCUAACUUCAGAAUGUAAAAUGCUGUAAUAGCUGUCUUUAAUUGCAUUUCAAAUACCCAUAGUUAAAAAAUAACUUUUUUGAUUUUGCCUUGGAAUCAAUAAUAUCAUUACCUUGAUUGUGUGAAACUUGAGUUUAUUAGGUUUUGUUGAUGAUGCCCUCAAGGUGGUUUCUGAAUCUGAUCGGAAGGCAGAAAAGUUAGUAUGUUAAGCAGGGGCGUUUUUAGAAUAUAAAUCUUGGUAGGGCAAGAUACUUUUUUUAUUUUUUAUUUUAUUUUUUACAAAUUAUCAUGCCAGCAAAGCCACAACGCUCAACAAUACAUUAAUUGCACUAUAACGGUGACCACAAACUGUUAGGGCCUACAUUUAAAAAAAAUAUCAUUUUUAUUUAACUAAGCAAGUCAGUUACGAACAAAUUCUUAUUUACAAUGACGGCAGUGAAACGCUGGCAGUGAAAAGCUUCAUUCAGCCUCAUUUACUGCGUUUAAAAAAAAACAUGGCUGACUUGCUUAAACAAAUGUGGCCUGACAAUUGAGAUGUACAAACUAUGACAUAAGGAGAUGACGAUGGAUAAGAGGAAAUGCGUCAUUUUGACAUUAAUGAGACAUUAAUGAGCGAGGACGAAUGUAUUCAAUAUAACUAUUUGUUCAGCACUUUUGAAAUGUACAGCGACAGAAUUCAGAACAUGGGCCGUUCUUACAGUGUUCUCCCUGUACACCAAGUCAGAACCGCAGGAUAAAUAAAGGGGGCAUAUAAGCAGGCAAUGAAAGCUCUUAAAAUAUAUGAGUACAUUUCUCUAAAACAGACUAUAGGCUACAUGUGCACCACCAAGUCAGAUCAGUAGGUGAAAUUAAGAGGGGCGAAAAGGGACCAAAUUAUUAGGGUGAGGCACAUGGGCUACUAACAUCUUACUACACAACAUAAACUUAAGUAUACUGUAGCUAAGAAAGUAAUACUAUUUCCUUGGCAUAUUACAUAUUACAUCAUUUGGCAUAUUACAUCAUCAGCAGCAUAAAAUACAUUUUUGGACUCACCUUGUGCUGUGCUCACUUGAACAGGAAAGUAGCGCGGCGGUCCUUCGUGGGCUAAUUUUGUCAUCAAAGUCUGGCAUUCUCUGGAUUUAUGGUGCUUUCAAGACAACUGGUAACUUGGAAAAAAAUUGAGGUCGAAUCAUGAUGAAUUCAGUGAUCUUCAGGUCGGAGCUCUAGAAAGAGAUCUCAGUUCCCGACUUACAAUUCCUAGUUGGAUGACUGCUCAAAACAUAUUUUCCCAGUUGGAUCUCGUUUUUUCCCCAGAGUUCCCAGUUGUCUGGAAGUCAGAAUUCCGAGUUUCCAGUUGUUAAGAACGCGGCAGAAGUCAUGUUGGAUUGACAGCAUGGCCAAUGUUGAAUGUUUAUCCUUUGAAGCUUGGAAAAGAGACCCUUAGACCACAUACCCACUCCACUGAAUAGCAGGCUAGUGAUUGCUUUGCAAUGCUUGCAGUUAGCCACUGAUUCCUUCCAAACUCAUUGUUGAAUUUGUGAUUUCCAACUUGUUGUGUAAUGUUAAUGGCCGAUGAGCACCAAUAUGUUUUAUGUAUAUUUUCUGUUAGUUAUUUCUCUUCAUAUGACAACGAUUUAAAAUGAUUUGCCAGUAGAUUGUCGACUUGAUUCAUGAUGACUGCUAGCUGAGUAUGAUGUUGACAUGAUCAGUCCAAUCAGUCCAAUCAAAGCUACUGUAGAUAUAACGUGAUUUUACGUCAUUGUAUCUGUGGCCAAUGACCUUGAGCCUUCUUGGAUGGGCACUUUCUAAUUUGACUCUAUGGCAGCAUCCAAGGGUCUUGAAUUUUCGAGCUCUAUCCUUAGAUUUGGUGGUGACGUAGUAUCCUCAUGAGUGACAGAACACUGAGCCAAUCACGGUGCAACUAGAGAACAUUACCAACCCUUACGCUCCAUAUUUUCCGCUGGUUGCUCCACAACCAUAGAAAGCACAGCUAGACUGAAACACCUACAUUUUGAGCUGCCUUACUCAAGAAAGCAAAAUAAGAGACCAUGUUUGUAUGCAGCUUUAUUAAGUCUAUUAUUAUUUAUCUUUUUACACUGUUUGCAUACUGAUGUGUGACAUGUAUUAAUGCCAAAAUAACAUGCAACACAUUUUAUUUGUUUUUCUUUUAAGAUAAAAAGGUGGGGCAGCCCCUGCCCUGAAUUACAGGUUGCCACUGAUGUUAAGUCAAUCUAUCACUGAAUGUAUGAAAGGGGUCAUGAUAUUUUAUUUAUUUUACUAGGCAAGUCAGUUAAGAACAAAUUCUUAUCUUCAAUGACGGCGUAGGAACAGUGGGUUAACUGCUUGUUCAGGGGCAGAAUGACAGAUGUGUACCUUGUCAGCUCAGGGAUUUGAACUUGCAACCCGGUUACUAGUCCAACACUCUAACCACUAGGCUACCCUGAUGGAUGUUCACUAUUUUGACCAGUAGAUGUCCUCAAUUUGUUACUUUUCCACCAAGUGAAAUAUCCCUCUUCUUUUAGUUCAUAGUGCGAUUUUUGAAUGUACAGUAUUUCAGCACAGUGUUAGACUUCAUGUUGGAACAAUGUUUCAUGUGUUUUUGUAGUCAUUAGCUCGUUAGUAGUUAUCUCGUGAAACUAUGUAAUAAAACACCUCAAUAGCAUGGACACAUCUUAUAAUACAAAUUCAACUUUACAAGUUUGUUUUUAUGAAGUCUGUGUUGAUUGAACACCGAACCCUAUUGAAGUAAUGCUGUAAUCAUGAAAGAGGAAGUAGCUCUGUGUUAUACUAUGCUUUGGCAUUUCUGUAAACCGCCGCCCUUCCCUUUGCCUUUAAAGGACUAUGUACCCUAUACUAAAUAUGGACAUGCAGUUUCACAGGAUUUCAAAGAAUGUCCCAGCCUCACACACCAACUUUCAUGAUAGGCUAACACUCCAUACUGGUACCUGACUGCAAGCUGAGUCUCUAGUCCUCCCUCUUAGCACCAAAAUUGAUGCCUCUGGUGGCGUCUCAGUGAGAGAGACACCACCUCCGGCCCAUGGCCGAUAUUCUGCAGGCUCUUACACUAGGAAAGAACAAUAUUCUAAAGGAGAUACCAUACAACUCGUAGGCUACAAACCCUUUACAUCUGUUCUGCUCCGAGGGUCUUUUCUUUGAGUGUUCUCCAGCCAGAGGUAACCAUGUCCAGGAGGAAGGUUAGGGGACUGACACGAACGGGGCGGCAGGUGAGCGAGGACCCUGAUCUGGACAACCUGCUGUCCAACCUGUCCCCUGAGGAGAUGGAGGAGCUGGAGAAGGAGGUGUUGGUGAUACCGGACCUGUAUCCUAACGAGGGAAUAGAACAGCCUGCCACUAACGCUGUCCGGGACCGGGAUGCUAAGCUGGACAGCCGAGAGCGUCCAGGGAAGCUCAGCCAAAGGGAACAGUCUAUUGAGGGAGAACCCAAGAAGGAGAGCCGGAAACAAGAGUACCUGAGGAAGAUGGGCCUGAGUCAGGAGGGGAAGGAAGGAGGAGGGAUCAGGAGGCAAUCAAGUAUCUCCACUGAACGAGAGAACAAGAUGGUGGAGAGAAAUAACAAAGGCCCGGACUGUACUAAAGAGGACAGAGCCAGCCUGUCCAGUAGAUACAGGAGAGAGGAGAGCAAAGAAAAAGAUGUGAAAGAGACCCCUAGAGAAAGCUUCAAAAGAGUUGAGAGUAGCGACACUGACGUGAAAGAUACAACUAGAGACAGAUUCGGGAGAGGGGAGAGUAGGGACAUUGUAGAGAAAGAGGAUGCCAAAGAAAGAGAUAAAAAUGAGGAUAGCAAGCUUAAGGAGAAAAGAGACAAUAGAUUGAGCACCAGUAAUAAGACAAAAGAAAUGAUCUCUAAGUUACAGGAGAAAAAGGAAAAAGAGGAGAUCAAGGAGAAAGAAAGAAAGGAGGAGAGUAGGAAAAGAGGUGAAAACAAGACAAGGGGACUUGUGUCAAAGUUGGUGGAAAAGCAAAGUCACAUUGAAGAGAGUAAACCAGAAGAUAAGAAAUCCAGAGUGGAAGAGAAAGACAAGCCCAAUAAAGACAAGUUUGACUUGAAACUUGAGCGUCAAAAGUCACCAAAAGAAGAGGAGAGCGGAAGUGAGAAGGAAGAUCCUAAGGAGAAAGUGAAAGAAGAUGGUAAGGAUAAUGAGAAAGACAUGGUGUUAAAACGUAAGGACAGUAUGAAAGCGAAAGAUAGGAGUGUCACAGAUAAGGAAACAGAAGAGAAAAAGGGAAAAGAUUUGAAUGAAGGACUAAAAUCCAUCAAGGGUGAUGAACAACGUGGGAACUGUGUGGCGAACAAGAGCACACCUAGCAAGCCCAAAGUAGAGGAGGAAGAAGACGAGGACUCCAGCAUGUUCGAUGACCUCAUAGAGCAGGUUCGCAGCAACGACCCCACCAUGACCGAGCUCAACGUCAACAACUCUGAGGUCAUCAAGGCUAAAACACUCAUCCAGUUUGCAGAGGCCUUGAAUAAAAACACCCACAUUAAGACAUUCGCCUUGGCCAACUGCCGUGCUGAUGACCAUGUGGCCUACGCCAUCGCUGGCACCUUGCGCAGCAACACGUCCAUCACAAGCAUCAACCUGGACUCAAACCUUCUCACCCCCAAGGGUAUAAUGUCCCUGAUCCAGGCCUUGCAGAAAAACACUACACUCACUGAGCUGCGCUUCCACAACCAGAGGCACAUCUGUGGGGGCAAGACAGAAAUGGAAAUGACCAAGAUAUUGAAAGACAACACCACCCUCCUGAAGCUGGGCUAUGGCUUUGAGCUUGCCGGCCCACGCAUGACCAUGACCAACAUCCUGAGCCGUAACAUGGACAAGCAGCGACAGCGGCGCCUACAGGAGCAGAAGCUGGCCCAGGCCAAUGGUGAGAAGAAAGGGGCGCUGGAGGUCCCCAAAACUGCUGGAGGAUUCCUCCGGGGUUCCCCCAAGGCUUCCCCUACACCCUCCCCACAUCCCUCACCAAUGCCAUCGCCGAAGUUGACUCCUAAAAGAGGACGAGGAGGGGGACCUCCUCCACCCCCUCCUCCUGGAGGACCACCCCCACCUCCACCGCCCAUGCUGGACAUAGACUCCCUGCGCAACUCCCUGACGCCUGCAUCACAGAGGAAGAUGGAUGAUAAGGCCAAUAAAGCCGGUGUUAACUCCAGGGACCAACUGCUGGACUCCAUUAGGAAUGCCAAUAUGAAGAAACUGAAGAAGGUUGCGGUACCAAAGCUGUUGCAGUAGUCCUCUGGAAUCGAGACCAUAACCCAAGAAAUAGGAAGGACAUAGAUCUCACAGGUGGUCUUGAGCGUGGAUCAAAACUCCUACACAUCCCAUGCAUAGAUAGACACACAGUCUGACCACUGUGCUGUGAGGUUGAUAAGGCAGGCAAGCAGAGAAUGAACAGAUGAUUUCUAUUGGGUGCACGGCUUCCACUGUGCCGUGAGUUCUCUCUAAGCUAUACACUGGACCGCAGGGACCCUGUGGAGGGAGUUUUUCAGCAGGACGUGCCCUGAGGUCCUAUUUGUCUGCCUUUGUCUGUGUUGAUACUUUGCCUGUUAUUUGCACUAGAUUAUGAAGAAGUUCAUAUGGUAUGUGGACAAGCAUAUGUGGCAUGACGUGUACAGUAUAAUGUGGGGGAGUGGUAACUGAAAAGCAGGUCAAACAGUUUUCUGUAAAUUCUAUACAAAUCUACUUUAACAUUCAUUGAAAAAUUGGACUGUAAUUUGACAGUUUAUUUAUUUGUGGAGGGAAUCACCUCGUGGCUUGUGACAUAUAAUUUUGCCAAAACUGCUGAUUCUCCAUGGUAUAUUAUCAGGGAAUUAAAAUGGGGUUAGACUUCAACAAUUCACAGGGGGAGGAGAGAGGUGGUUUGUAAUGUGUGUCGUUGCCAAAUCUCAAGACUGACAUCUCAGGCAAAGUUUUCACAUAAAAAGCAACCUAUAAUCCCAGUCUUCUUUGAACGAUUCAGUAUGAAGUUCAGUCUGAACGAUUCAGUAAGGAAGUUCAGUCUUCUUUGAACGAUUCAGCAUGAAGUUCAGUCUUCUUUGAACGAUUCAGUAAGGAAGUUCAGUCUUCUUUGGAUGUAAGAAUGGUCGCCCUUUUAGUAAUAACGUUAUGUAUAAAGCUAUUUUCAUACAUUUUGCUUAAAGUGCAAAAAAUUAUAAUUCUAACAGAAGAAAAAAACCGACACUAACAUGUCAGAGCAGCCUUGUUGAGCUAUGCAAUACUAGCUCCCGAGUGGUGCAGCGGUCUAAGGCACUGCAUCUCAGUGCUAGAGGUGUCACUACAGACCCUGGUUCGAUCCCGGGCUGUAUCACAACCGGCCGUGAUCGGGAGUCCCAUAGGUCGGCGCACAAUUGGCCCAGCGUCGUCCUGGUUAGGGGAGGAUUUGGCCGGGGUAGGCCGUCAUUGUAAAUCAGAAUGUGUUCUUAACCGACUUACCUAGUUAAAUAAAAAGUUAAAUAAAAAGUUAAAUAAAAUACAAAAUAAUAAUAAAUAAAAUAACUUUAAAAUUGGAUGUGAUGUUGUACAGAGUGUCUCGCUGCUCUAAAAGUGACUAUUGAUUAUUUGUAUGCAUAAUGUGGUUUCUCUGUCAUAUUGGACUUCACUAACUUUACUUACAGAGCUUGUGUACCUUUAAUAAAAUGUACUUAUAUGUUUGCAAUUGAAAGUGUAAUAUAAUCAACUUUAUUUUAACAACUUUGCAAUGAAGUACAACAAGAAUAGAGGUAAAAAUACUUUGUCUAACAACAAGAUACCAGAUGAGGUAAUAUCUAUCCAUUAUUUGAUAGUACAGUACUGAUAAAGAAAAUGCGAGGGAUACUUUUACUGUAUUUUGUUUAAAUGUUAAACUUCUAUUAAAAAAUAUUUUCCUUUCAGGGGGACAUUCCCAUUUAAAAAAAAAUCUUUAUACAAUUUCUUCUGCUUGAGAAGUAUUCAGUAGGCUAUGUCUGUCUAUUGCUUGGUUGACAGAAUCAGGAAUAAUUUCCAGCAUCUAUAUAAGAUAUGUUGUCUUGGUAGAGCCCUGUAACCUGCAAUGAUUUUGAAGCUUUGUGACCGACUGGAGCAUUCGGUGUGUCAUGCCUGAGUAUACAAUGUCAAAUGGAUCCUAAUAAAAUGUUUGCGUACACACACAGA